UAGAAGGAUCCAGUUCUCGUGCUCCUCUUUCCAGCACCAGUGUUAGUUCUCCAGAGUGCUCAGAUCUAGCUGAUAAAUCAUCUCAGGUGGGUUACCAAGCUGAUAAAUCAUCUCAGGAUGGAAGAUGGUUUAAUACUUCUGAUACACAAUACAGGAAGCAAGUUCGUAUUGAAGAGUUCAGUAAUAUAAACAGGUUUACAAGGGAAGUGACUGAGUUUACUUCCGAUGACCAAUGCAGUCCUUUUAUACAUACUUCGGACUACAGGGUUCAGUCCUAUCAGUCCCAAGACUACUACAUGGACCCCAUUAUACACAAUACAGCUCAAAGUCCUCACAGAAUAAAUGAUCUAAGAGAAAAUACGAAAACACCGAAAAAAGAGCGAAAGUUCUUCAGUUCUCCCUUGCUUAACAGGAAAAAGAAAAGUGAACCAUCUACGCCUAAGGGCUCCCCCGGUCCUCCUCGUAAAUCAUUUGAUCUCAGGUCUCCGUUUUCUCAAAGAAAAUCUCCUCCUACUCAGGUUUCAAGUAAAGGAUGCGGUUCUCCUCUCUCUUUCUUGUUCCGGUCCAGAUCAACUACCAGUCCUGACAAGAUUAUCCAGGUGUCCUCAACCCCUCAACCAACAAGAAGAAAUAACAGCUCUCAGAAAAAAGAGCAGCCAAAUUUUGCAGCUUCGUCUCCAAAUUCUCCUCUGCUGCUGAGAGUUUGCGGUAACCAGGGAUGGAGUAGACCUGAGUCUGGAUUAGUAAACAACAUAUCAAACCUCAACACUGAACAGGAGAUAGGAUGUACCCGGAGAAACAAACCUGACAAUUCUAAUCUACUAGAUAUAAGGUCAGAGAACCCUGCCCUGCAAGGGUUAAGGACGGAGAACCCUGUCCUACCAGGACUUAGGGCGGAAAACCCUGUCCCACAAGAAUUAAUGACGGAGAAACCUGUCCCACAAGGGUUAAGGACUGAGAAACCUGUCCCACAAGGGUUAAGGACGGAGAACCCUCUCUUACUACAAGGGUUAAGGACGGAGAACCCUGUCCUACAAGGGUUAAGGACGGAGAAUCCUGUCCUACAAGGGUUAAGGUCGGAGAACCCUGUCCUACAAGGAUUAAGGACGGAGAAUCCUGUCCUACAAGGGUUAAGACCGGAGAACCCUGUCCUACAAGGGUUAAGACCGGAGAACCCUGCUCUGUCUGAGGGUAUAAGAUCAGAGAACUCACAAACCUGGAAUAAUCAUAGAAACAAUGAUAUUGUAAACAGACAAUUUUGUUCCCCUGAGAGUUUCCGGCGGAGCCUUCAACUUCCAAGACAGCAAUUGUCAGGACAGCGACAUAGUCUAGCUGUAUCAGGACAGCGGAACAGCCUGGUCGUCUCGGAACAGCGGAACAGCUUGAAUAUAGCGGAUACAGCUGUACUUGUAACAAGUCUGGAUAAAUCCAUCCUUCAAAUAAG